GCUGUGGUCGCCUUUUAUUUACUUUGUUAUUGUCAAUCGUCAGUGUCGUCAGAUCCAGCUCAUUCAAUUUUUAUUUCAGAUGGAUCCUCAGUGAUUUUGGUUCAUUCUUACAACUGUGUUAACUUCGUUUUGAGUUGGGCCGGAUAUUGUAUCACAUUGAAAUUGGUGGUUUCGUGAACAUGGAAAACGUCAGUGCGAGGCCCAUUCGGAAGGUGCAGCGCAAGAGCUCGACUGGGGAACUGCACCAAAUUUGGGAUGCCAUCGCUUACUGGACCAGCGACAGCAUGAGGCAGCAGCCUACCCAAGAGCGAAUACAUAGUUUUCUUAAGGCAAGAUACGGCAUCACCGAAGAGUCGGUAAAUGCGAUGCUGAUGAGGUGCCUUGACGACCAGCUGCUGCUGCGGGAUACAAAGCAGGGUACCAGAGGCAAACUUCUAGGCAAGAUGGUGGAAAUUUAUACCAUCCCCUCCUCGCUGAAGAGCGAAGGUUGGGAUUGGUACUGUACCAUCUGCCACGAUAAAGGCAUAGUCACAGGCUGCGUCUCGUGCCACAGAGUCUAUCACAAUGACUGCCUCCCUGAAAAACUUAGGUCUGACAGCCUCAAGUGCCCGAUUUGCACGGAAAUUGAAGACGAGAUGUCUUCCAAAAACCACAACCUCGAGAAUCUAAACAAGUGCAUUGGAUUUGUAUGCGAGCGGGUCAAGUUCUUUGUGCCUGAAAACUUGUUACUCCGCAAGGUGCCUGUCGGCCUCUUUCAAAAGUCGAUCAGCUACCAAGACACUGAGGUCGAGCCGUACCGCGAGGCUCUCAUCUUCUACGAGCAAAUGAGCGUUGGAAAAAUGGCGCGGAAGGCCCAAAACAGGGAGUACAAGACACUUGCCGAGUUUGUUGCUGAUGCAAACACCCUGUUCCACAAUGUGCAAGUGUUCCACCAUGGCAACAAUCAGUUCCCAGCGCCAACCCUGAAGCCAAUGCAAAGAGCGCUUAUGCAUGAUGCAGAUGAGAUGAAAAACUGCCUGCAAUGCUUCUUGUACUCGAACGAGCAGCCUGAAAACUGGUACUGUCUGCCCUGUGAUCCCCCACACACUCUUGUUUAUGCCAAACAGAAAGGAUACUGCUAUUGGCCAGCCAAGGUGAUAAAAAAGAACGAGGACGGCAGAAAAGUAAAGUACGAUGUGCGGUUCUUUGGGCCGCCAUACGAGCGGGCACUGAUAGAAGAGGCCUUCAUCAAGCCCAUCACCACUCCUGUCAGCUCGCUCAGCCUGAAGCGCACGGCCAAGCUCAACUCUGCCCUCGACGAGCUUGAAAACCACAUGAACCAGCUGAACAUGAGCAAAUCUCCUGUGCCGGUGGCACCCAAGAACAGUGUGGUGGACAACGCCACCGCCAGCCCUCCAAAGAAGAGGCUAAAGGAAAUGAUGUUAUGUUUGGAGCAGACUGCCAAGCAGCAGGAAAAGGUGCCAAAGCCUGCUGCCCCAAAGAAGGAGGCUGCUGUGGCGGUGCCAGUGGUGGAGCAGCUGGCUGAAGAGCCUGCCGUCGUUGAUGCCAAGGAGGAAGAGGAGAAAACUGAGCCAGAGCUGCCUGUGGAAGCGGACAUGCCCCCUGAGCUGGACGCCAACCGAAACUCCGUCACCUCGUCCGACAGCCGCAAAGUGGUGAUGGAGGAGAGUUCUGAGGACGCUGUGUCGUCAAGCAACGCUACCAACGGUGAGGUAUCAAACGCAAACGCAGAGUGCCUGGAACAACUGCGCCAGAAACACGCCGUGGAAGUGGCCAAAAUGCAGCAGGCGCACGCUGAGGAGAUCAAGAAGCUGAAGGAGGAGCACCGACUGCAAGCCGAGGUCAUGAGGGAGCAACACAGAGUUGCUAUUGAAGAAACCAAAGCAAAGAUUUGGUGCUGCCAGUGCUUCGGGGAGGCCAUCCUCUACUGCUGUUGGCAGACGGCAUACUGCAGCAAAGAGUGCCAGCACAGGCACUGGAUGAGUGACCACAAACUCAAAUGCAGACGAAGCCGCUGAGACGUGAGAGCCGGAAAAAAUCAUUCGUAGGCUUAAGAGCAGUCAUGUUUGAGUCACCGUGUUGAUUCCUAUUUUCGCCCACGCUGUGUCGCACUUCGAGUCAUUUUAUUUGCAAAUUCGCCUCGAUCCUCAUCGUACUGAUUUUUUUCUUAAGUGGGCAGCCAAAGAAAUCCAACAAACUGUUUGUGUUAGUCAUCCCAUUUCGAAUUUUCCGGUUGUGAGUUGAUGGGCAUUACCUACUCACUCGUGUGCGUGUUAUCAUGUUUAUUUUAAUUUUGCACUGCUGGAGUUGUGUUUUUUUGUUUGUUAUUCAUUGCAAAUUCGCAAUCAUUCUUCACUCGGUUUAGUGAGUGUGUAAAAUACUGUUACUAUUUUGGGUCCAAUCGUUUAGGCUAAAGAACCUGUCGAACCCCUUAAACCUGACUCUGGCCGCUCGGCCAACUUCCCUGAUAAGAGAACUCAGCGUUUGUUUGUUCUAACGUGCAUUUUUUGCCUCAAACACGAUUACUUUCACUACCAGUCUAUAAUAUUCAAUCUGCCAUUGUUCUCGAGGGAUGGACGGACAAAUAUAUUUUAGGAAAAUCUAUAAAAUUAAUUGUUCAAUCCAAUUUUUGCUAAAUCGUGGUGAUUUUUGGUAUAAACAUAUCGAUUGGUGGGUAAUUUUUUUUAUCAAAAUUCUCUACCAAGAGUACGAGAAAAUUCUUCCCAGAGAUGGCGGCGACUGGGGUCCAUAAAAUUUUCAGCCAGUGCAUUUUGGAAAAGAUGCAAUUCUUCCUCCCCAGCCAUCAUGGUGCUGUUUGCGAGCGAAGCGGGCAGUGGAGGGGGAGCGAGCGAAAGAACCGGAAAGAACGCGCUCUCGUCCCCCUCCACUCGCAGCAACAGAGACAUUCUCCACUUUUUUCGCUACUCCAGCCGUCUGGAGGCACAAAGUGGUGGACAGCACCGAUUGGUCGAAAAUAAAUAGUAAAAUUUGCUAUAUUUUUCUUAUCAUCUUUUCUCUUUAAAAAAUAAAUACAUCGUAAUUUUUAAUUAAUUGAUAAUUAAUAUCGAAACAAAUUUACUGUCAAAAAGUUUCGCCGACACAUUUUAUUUUUAUUUUUGAGAGCUUUGAUCUGUUAUACUAUCUUGUGCGUGAAAAAUCGGAAAAAAUCUGGAUUUGGCCAGAAUUAAACAAACUUAUUGAAUAAAAAAAUAAAUGAAAAAAUGAAAAGCCCCAUAAGACUCUCAUAAGACGCUGUACAUAAUUCAGAAUAAUUGCCAUAAAUUAUAAUUUUUGUCAUAUUCCUCCCAUUUCAUAAAAAUCUACACGUUCGAGGCAAAAAAUAUCAUUAAAAGCGAAACAAACCCUGGGGUUUCUUGUGAAUUUUGGAUGUAGGUGCGCACGCUGAAAACAGACACCUUUUGCAAACUGUACACUUCUCGAAAAACGAUUCACCGGUAAAGAAACAGUGUGCAAAAGCGUGUCAGUGCGACAAACGGCGCACAGCAAAACAAUAACUCGCAUUGCCUUAUAUUGCUGUUAAUGUCUAUUGACACGGAAAUUUAAAGAGUCGCUCUAUCCAUUCUAACUCCAAGUUCUUUCCACGACCUGUGUGGCGCUAGGCCAUCCGCUGAAAGUGACGUUGUCCUUAAAAGAGGACAUAAAAAUCGAUUUAUUAAUUUUGCCUUAACAAUCACGCAGUAUUGAUUUUUCAUAUUCGUGGAACUAAUAUAAAUAGCCAGCAUUGUAACCAAAAAAACCGACAACUCUUUGAGCACAAAUAAGUACCAUAUCAUAAUUUUUAAACAAAAAUUAUUCUCGCCCAUGCUAAUCAUAGUUGUUUUUUUUAUUGAUUGUUCGAGAUUUUAGCAAAUUUGAUGUUAUGCUGAGACACUUAUAUCUAUAUAUUAUAAUACUAUCAAUGUUGAGUUUAUUUUGUCAUUGUUACACUGUCUGUGGUGAAAAGCCCAUCUAGUUUGGAAGAUAACCCAAAUUUAACUGACAAUCAAAAGAAAAAGAUGGCUACCAUGGUUCAGGAGAGCGUAAAGCAAGUUUCCCAUUGUUUUCCAGAGUCAUAUCAAACGAAUCCGCGGAUGCACAGCACAAGUUGAUUAUAAAUUUUAAAAAAAUUGGACCAUCUGUGCACCCAAUGCCUGCGUAAAAAUACCGAAUUGCCCUUACUAUACACACACGUACAUGCAUACAUAUAUACUAAUGUAGCCUUUAUCAAAAACAGAAAGAAAGAAGCUCCUGAGCCGUUUUAAGAUAAUAUACACCAUUAUUAAAAUAUUACUAUUCAUAAGUAUGUAUACAGAAAAUCACAGUUACCAUAGUUAUCUAUUCUGAAACCAAAUUCUAUAGUUAUCUAGGGCGCUGAUGAUGAUGAUGAUGUAAACCCUGUAUAAGCGCGGAAAUAUUGCACGCAAAGCUUGUAGUGUGUCGUAUUGCAGAGUCAAUGAAAUAAAUAUUUUGAAACGAA